GUGACAUCGUGUGAGUUCAGGAAAAUGGCCAAGGCCAGUAUUUCAGUAGAUCAGGAUCAGUUCAUCUGUCCAGUGUGUCUGGAUCUCCUGAAGGAUCCGGUGACUAUCCCCUGUGGUCACAGUUUCUGUAAGGUGUGUAUUAAUGGCUGCUGGGAUCAGGAGGAUCAGAGUGGAGUUUAUAGCUGUCCUCAGUGCAGAGACACUUUCACUCCAAGGCCUGUUCUACGCAGAAACAACAUGCUGGCUGAAGUGGUGGAGAAACUGAAGAAGAAGACUGAAGUCCAAGCUGCUUCUCCUGCUCACUGUUACGCUGGAGCUGAAGAGUCUGGAGAGGACCUGAUGCGUCUGUCCCAUGUGAUGUGGCUGAUUGUUCUGUUGUGUCUGGCCUACUUUAUGUGUCCUACCUCCUUAAACAAAAAUGAUAGAAAUGGUUUGGAAAAGGACAAGUUAGAAAAAGCUUCUGAAAAGAUCUGCCCUGAACAUGAUAAACUGAACGAGAUCUACUGUCGUACUGACCAGAGCUUCAUCUGUUAUUUGUGUACGAUGGACAAACACAAAGGUCAUGACACUGUUCCUGCUGUAUCAGAAAGAGCUGAAAAACAGAGUGAGUUAAAGGAGGAUCAGAUGAAAUUCCAGCAGAGAAUCCAAGAGAAGCAGAAGAAGGUGCAGGAGCUGAAACAGGCUGUGAACACUAUGAAGCUCAGUGCACAGACAGCAGUAGAUGACAGUGAGAUGAUCUUUACUGAGAUGAUCAGCUCCAUGGAGAAAAAGCACUCGGAGGUGACGGAGCUGAUCAGAGCUCAGGAGAAGGCUGAACUGAGUCGAGCUGAACGACUCCUGGAGCAACUGGAGCAGGAGAUUGCUGAUCUUCAGAGGAGAGACACUGAGAUGGAGCAGCUUUCACACACACAUGAUCACAUCCACUUCCUCCAGAGUUUCCAGUCUCUCCGUGUCUCUUCUGGACGUGACGACUCAUCCAGCAUCACUGUCCAUCAACAUCUCUCAUUUGAUGGAGUGAGGAAAUCUCUCUCUGAUCUGAAAAAGAGACUGGAGGAAACCUUCCAGGAGGAAUUCAUCAAAAUCCCUGAACAUGCUGCAGCAGUUCAGAUGAUUUUACCCUCAGAACCAAAGAGCAGAGAAGAUUUUCUGCAGUAUUUCUGUGAUCUGACUCUGGAUCCCAACACAGUACAUUAUAACCUCAUUCUGUCUGAGAAGAACAGAGUGGUGAAGAACAGUGAGAGAAAGCAGCGAUACUCUGAUCAUCCAGAGAGAUUUGACUCCUACAGUCAGGUGUUGAGUAAGGAGAGUGUGUGUGGACGCUGUUACUGGGAGGUGGAGUGGAGCAGUGAGAGAUAUGUGUACAUAUCAGUCUCAUAUAAAGACAUCAGCGGGAAAGGACCGGGUAAUAAGUGUGUGUUUGGAAGCAACAAUCAGUCCUGGAGUCUGCGAUGUUCUUCUUCUUCUCUUUAUUUCUAUCACAACAACAUUAAGACUGAUCUCAGAGUUCCAUCACCCUCCAGAAUAGGAGUUUAUGUGGAUCACAGUGCAGGAACUCUGUCCUUCUACAGCGUCUCUGACACCAUGAAGCUCCUCCACAGAGUCCACACCACAUUCACUCAGCCUCUAUACGCUGGGUUCUUGCUCAGCAUUAGUAAAAAAUCAGAUGUGAGAUUAAAUAAAAAUUUACUAAUGUGAUUUUUUAUCAAA